GCUGGAGGCCGAGGCACGCGUCCCCUCCCCGCAGAAAGGGUGUAACCUUGCUAACAGCCAGUGUUACUGCAGGUCACUUAUUAAUUCACCUCAUUGGAGGGGCCGCUCUUGCCGUUGGUGCCACUCGUACAGGGUGGUCCAGAGCUCUGGUGCUUGGCCGUGGUGGGCACUAGUGCUGGGAACCGGAAGAAAUCGCCCACAGUCAGGAGGAAACAAAACUAGGACUGUGGGAAUCCAGGCUGAGGCUCCUGUUCUUACUUGCUGUGUGUUCUCGAGUCGAGAGCAUGCUGCGCUUCCUGGCGCCCCUGGCGCCCCGGUUGCUUUGCCUCCGUGGCAGGACCGCCCCCUACUCUUCCGCAGCAGCCCUUCCAAGCCCCAUCCUGAACCCGGACAUCCGCUACAACCAGCUGUUCAUCAACAAUGAGUGGCAAGACGCAGCCAGCAAGAAGACCUUCCCGACAGUCAACCCCACCACGGGAGAGGUCAUUGGCCAUGUGGCUGAAGGGGACCGGGCUGACGUGGACCGGGCAGUGAAAGCAGCCCGCGAGGCCUUCCGCCUGGGGUCUCCGUGGCGCCGGAUGGAUGCCUCAGAGCGGGGCCGCCUGCUGAACCGCCUGGCCGACCUCGUGGAGCGGGAUCGCGUCUACCUGGCCUCACUGGAGACUUUGGACAACGGGAAGCCUUUCCAGGAGUCCUACGCCUUGGACCUGGAUGAGGUCAUCAAGGUGUACCGGUACUUUGCUGGCUGGGCCGACAAGUGGCACGGCAAGACCAUCCCCAUGGAUGGCGAGCACUUCUGCUUCACCCGGCAUGAGCCGGUUGGUGUCUGUGGCCAGAUAAUCCCCUGGAACUUCCCCUUGGUCAUGCAGGGCUGGAAGCUCGCCCCGGCGCUCGCCACCGGCAACACCGUGGUCAUGAAAGUGGCAGAGCAGACCCCCCUUUCCGCCCUGUACCUGGCCUCCCUCAUCAAAGAGGCGGGCUUUCCCCCGGGGGUGGUCAACGUCGUCACCGGCUACGGCCCCACGGCGGGUGCAGCCAUCGCCCGGCACAUGGAUAUCGACAAAGUUGCCUUCACCGGCUCUACGGAGGUGGGCCACCUGAUCCAGAAGGCGGCCGGCGACUCCAACCUGAAGAGGGUCACCCUGGAGCUGGGUGGGAAGAGCCCCAGCGUCGUGUUGGCCGACGCUGACAUGGAGCACGCCGUGGCGCAGUGCCACGAAGCCCUGUUCUUCAACAUGGGCCAGUGCUGCUGUGCCGGCUCCCGGACCUUCGUCCAAGAAUCCAUCUAUGAUGAAUUUCUGGAGCGAACCGUGGAGAAGGCUAAGCAGAGAAGAGUCGGGAACCCCUUUGAGCUGGACACCCAGCAGGGGCCCCAGGUGGACAAGGAGCAGUUUGAACGAAUCCUGAACUACAUCCGGCUCGGCCAGAAGGAGGGGGCCAAACUGCUGUGCGGCGGGGAGCGUUUUGGGGAUCGCGGUUUUUUCAUCAAGCCCACGGUCUUUGGUGAUGUGCAGGAUGACAUGAAGAUCGCCAGAGAGGAGAUCUUCGGGCCCGUGCAGCCCUUAUUUAAAUUCAAGAAGAUAGAGGAGGUGAUCGAGAGGGCCAACAACACCAGGUACGGCUUGGCUGCUGCCGUGUUCACCCAGGACCUGGACAAGGCCAUGUACUUCACGCAGGCGCUCCAGGCUGGCACUGUGUGGGUAAACACCUACAACAUUGUCACCUGCCACACGCCCUUCGGAGGGUUUAAGGAAUCUGGCAAUGGGCGGGAGCUGGGGGAGGAUGGGCUUAAGGCUUACACGGAGGUGAAGACAGUUACUAUCAAGAUUCCGCAAAAGAACUCGUAAGAGAGGCUACCACAGGGACCACCCCCUCCAGUCCACAGGUUCCAUGAUCACCUAGACCAUGGCUGCCAAAUAGUUUUUUUUGCCUCAGGCCCCACUUUAUUUGCUCCAUAUGAACUCUAAUAGGGAAGCUCAACAAAUAAAACAAUUAAAAUGAGAAUUGCUCUUGGUAAAGCAGGGCCGGGGACCAGACCUGGAGUCCUAUCCAAUAGCUCCUCAGCCCCAGCCACCUUGGUGGCCCGGAGUUAUUUCCAUGAAAUCUUGGGAGUGUCUGGAAAAUAGAUGUGAAACUACUGACCUGGGCAGUGGCUUUUAGUUCUUGCUUCUGAUCCGAGGACUUCCCAAUGGAUUAACCUAAUGGCUUAGUAGAUGGACUCAGUUCAGAUGUAGGAUUUGAAAGCAUUAGGAGUGUCAAACUAGGUGGGUGCCAAAUCUUGGCCCCAUUUUUCAAUGACUUAACCUAAAAAAUCAAGAAUGCUUUUCCUUUUUCGUAAGUACCAGUUGCUGGCUAUUUUGCUUGCUUACCCUUCAUUUUGCUGCUGAUUUUCUUUAAUUUGAGGGAGAAGUGAGCAAAGAAUGCAUUUAUAUAAACCAUUCCUUUAAAAUAAAUAACCCAAGUGUCCAUCAGCUAGUGAGUGGAUAAAUAAAAUGUUUCCAUGGAAUAUUCCUUGUGCCAUUCAGCCAUAAAAAAAGGAAUGAAGUACUGACAUUCAUUAUAGAAUGGAUGAACCUUGAAACCAUUAGGCGGAAUGAAAGAAGCCAGACAUACAUACAAGGCCACAUAUUGUAUGAUUCCAUUUACAUGAAAUGUCCAGGAUAGACAAAUCCAGAGACAAAAAAGUAUAUGAGUGAUUGCCAGGUGUUGCGGGAGGAGGGAAUGGGGAGUAAUUGCUAAUGGGUAUAGGAUUUCUUUUUGGGAAGUUUCGAAGGGUUCUGAAAAUGGAUAGUAGUGAUGGUCGCACAACUUUGUGAAUAUACUAAAAAGUACUGAAUUGCACAGUGAUUCACAUAAAAGGAUGAUUUUUAUGAUAUGUGAAUUAAUUUCAAUUAAAAAUCAAAUAAAAGAUAUUCAUAUGUUGUUUGCCAA